GCCAUCGAAGAAGAAGAAGGAGAACACACGAGCGCUGUCAUGUAAUCACAACAUCAUCAAGGUUAUCGUUGAGAAAGCGAAGAGAAAUGUGAGCAACAUCUUCCGAUUUGACCGGAACAGAGUGUCGUUUUAUUAGGUCACCAUGAGCAUCCCCAGUUGCUUGUCCACCGCUGCCAGAAGCCGGAGCCUCAUCCACAGCCUGUCUUCUCCUGCCCUCGGCCUUCUCUGCUGCCGACUGCUGGGACCAAAGUCUGCCUCCAGAAGAAAUAUGUCCUCUAGAAGACAGAUGGAUCACCUGGAGAGGACGGCAAGCAACUCCAGACAAAAUGCUGUGUAUCCAGCGGAAGUGUGUGGGAUUAUAAAUGAGUCAGAGACGGUAAAACGAUUGAGGCUAGCCGCCCAUCCAGAUUUUACCUUCAAAGCGGGACAAUGGGUGGACUUCUUCAUCCCCGGCGUGGAGACGGUGGGGGGUUUCUCCAUGUGCUCCAGCCCGGGCCUGCUCCAGCGAGAGGGCGUGAUUGAACUCGCUGUCAAAUACACCAAACACCCCCCGGCGCACUGGGUCCACACCAUGUGCACAGUGGGCUCCAGGGUGGCCAUGCGUGUCGGUGGAGACUUCUUCUUUGAUCCGUCGCCCUCUGACCCCUCCGUGGAUCUACUGCUGGUGGCUGGCGGUGUCGGGAUCAACCCCCUGUACUCCAUCCUGCUGCACACGGCAGACCUGCUGCGUCUCAGCCGGGCCUCGGGAGGCCGCGGCCACAACGUCGGCUCCGCCCACCUCUGCUACAGCGCCAAGAACACGCAGGAGCUGCUUUUCAAGAGCUCCAUCAUCGAGGCGUGUCGGGAGUUCCCUGACAAGUUCUCCUGCGACUUCCACGUCACGCAACAGAGCGCAGAUGUUGACCCACACCUCCAGCCAUUCAUCAACCGUGGGAGAAUAACCGAGGAGGGACUGCGGGCUCACGUUGACCCGCAGAGGACUCUGUGCUACCUGUGUGGACCUCCACCAAUGAUUGAAGCCAUUUCGAAAACCCUCACGGACUUCGGCCUCCCGAAAGACAGAAUCCUGUUUGAGAAGUGGUGGUAGGACCUCCUGCGAGUCCCAGCACAGCCGAAUGAGUUGCCCUCCUGCCCUGUAUUCCUUUCGCUAGUCACCAGGGGGGCGAGAAGUACGUGGAGCGGAGAAAAUGGAGAGGAGCGGAAAUUUCCCGGUGAUCCAGAUAUUAAUGAGUAGACGAGGAAAUUUCUCCGGCAGUCCCCGAUGCCGCAGCCCGAUCCGCUCCAGACCGCCGGGACCGCCCACUCCUCGGCUCACGGCUGACUCACAAAGACAAUAGAGAUGAAUUUGAUUUCCUGUGAUUUAAACUCCGCAACUUCAGCGCUCACUUGAAGUGGAUAAUGAAUACAUUAUGUAAAUGUCACGUAGCUUCAGAUCCAUUUUCAUCUCUAUCAAGGACUGAGGAAGACUGGUACUUUUCUGAGCGGGUUUCACCCUGAAGUUUGCAGAUAUCUGUGCAAACAUAUGUAAGCGCAAUAGUGUGGCUUCUUUGAGAAGAAUGAUUUGCUCUUAUUGAACUCCAGAAAAAGCAGCGAGCCUUCCAAACUGUGAAGCUUGUUGCUUUGAAGUCUCAAGAACAUUGUAUUAUUUCACACUGUACACGAGUGUUUAGUGACUUUUCUUUCAUCACAGUACCUCAGCUGACUUUUCAAAAAGCUGUUUUCCUGAAUUGUGAUACUGUGUGUGUGUGUGUGUGUGUACGGAUUGUUUCUUCUGAAACCGUUUGGCGGACGAGCUGGAGUUGAGUUCCAUCGGCCGCUUUUCACAUUUCACACUCCCGAGUGGGUUUUUAAAAGUGGGAACUUGACAAUCUCCCACAUUCUGGCAAACAUUUCACCUCUCUUCACUCACUGCUAGGUGCGUACGCAGCGCCCAGGUCAUAUACAGUCUCUUCUUCCAUCUCUCACACACACACACCCAUAAACUGUUUCUCAUCCCAGGGUGGAGUAAGUCUCCCAUGGUGCCCUGUAAUGGAACCUCCAGGUGGUCUCUGAUUGGCUCAGAUCGCUGAACAUCCCUCGGAGAUGGUAGCGAGCGCCUUGCUGCCGUCUCUCUGUGGGGGGUUGCGCUGUUGAGACUCAUUUUUGAGUUGUUUCUGCAUUUCUUCCUCAUGCGAGGAAAAGUGUUUACGACGAUGACGUGCUAUUCAAAGGAAAUAAAGGAAAUCGAGUCAAUCUGGCUUCAAAGCACUUUUAUUGACCUUGCUUCUAUAUUAAGACAGGUACAUGAUGCACUACUACACAACACAGUAAGUACUACUUAAGUGAUUUCAACACAUUUUGUGGCGUCGGUUCAAUGAAACGAUAGCAAAAAUAGUGACUUGGCCA